AAGAAAAGCUUUCAAAUUCAAAAUCUGUAGACUGGAAUCAAAAUUCAAAUCAAAUCGCUAUUAAUAGUCAUAUAAAGUUAAUAUUAUUUUAGAGAAAGAAAUGGAAGGCGAUGCAAAAGAUAAUACAAAAUCUUUUUCCGGCAUACCGGACGCAAUAUUUGUUGAUAAUGUUGACGAAUUUAUGAGUAUGCCUGAAAAUUCUGAAGGAGUAGAAAAGGUUCUUCGGAAACUCGACGAACAGCAUGGAAAAUAUAAAUUUAUGGAAUACACUUUAAACACAAAGAGGAGGCGAUUGCGAGAACAAAUCCCGGACCUAGCUCGUACUCUUGAAAUGAUAGAAAAGCUAAAAGCACAAAAGGAAACAAUGGAAACUCAGUUUUUGCUCAGUGACCAGGUUUUUGUUAAGGCAGAGGUACCACCCACAAACAAUGUGUGCUUGUGGCUUGGAGCUAAUGUUAUGCUUGAAUACACUUUGGAAGAUGCUGAAAAUCUUCUUACAACAAACAUGGCAACUGCUAAAAAAAAUCUUGCUAAUGUCGAACAUGAUUUGGACUUCUUGAGAGAUCAAUGGACCACUACAGAGGUAAAUAUGGCUCGGGUCUAUAAUUGGGAUGUGAAGAGGCGUCAGGCAGCCAAGGCUUCAAGUUAAUUUGAUGAAAUAAGACUAUUAACUCUUAAACAGAAUUUCAAUUUAAAAAAAGGACUGUCAUCUGCAAAUUGUUCUUAUAUGUUUGUGAAUUUCCUAAUUUCUUUUUUAAAUUUUGAAUUUUGCUUUUCUAGAGUUAAUAUUUCUAAAUACAUCAUACAAAUGUAAAUUAUACAAAUUUCAAACAAAUAAUGCUACAUAUUUCAGCUUAAUGUACUAUUUAUUUUAAAUUGAUUUUAUUAACCUUCACUUUUUGCUUUUUGGCUUCUUAUUACCUAUUCAGAUAUAAGCUUAAAAAUGUAUUACAAUUACUCAGUGAAUGAUAGAUUUAAGUUCUGUUAAUAAACAAUUUAUAACUUUCAAAAUUUA